GGCUACGUCCCGGGUGGGCUGUUUCUGUCUUCGCUGCUGUUGGGGGCGAUUUAAUUGUUAUUGUUAGCACGCUAACUCUUUAAAAAUAUCCAGACAGAUGAAAGUGCAUUAAGAUACAUUUCACGUAUGUGAAAGACGAGCACGUUCACGUGUGAGAAACGAUCAAAACUGACGGAAAUAUGAAUGAUGCGGAUCCAGCCACGAGGAAGCACGCGAGUUCACGAGACCUACAGACCCCCAAAAAUGAGGAUGCAUAUGAAAUCUCGAUUCCCUUUGAAGAUAACAACUUUGAACAUCAGGGAGCCUUUUACAACCAAAACGACCAAAACUUUGAAGGUGGUAAUGAUGCACCAGCACCGGGCAGCUCGUAUCUGUUAAUCACUAACCUGCGCACACAACUGCAGAUCUCACUGGAAAAAAACUCAUGGCUUCAGAAACGCAUCGAGGACCUGGAGGAAGAGAGAGACUUCCUGCGCUGCCAGCUCGAUCGCUUUAUCUUCUCAACCAAGAGUCAGGAGAGCAACGGUAAUGAUUCCAGAGGUUUUUCAUGGAGGAGAAGAAGAGAAACUGAUCGGGAUCAACAAGCAGAGAGUCAGCGGCCAGUCAACCGUCAGACAUUUCAGCAGAGAUCAACCCAGCAGCAGGCCUCAGCCAACCCCAAGGUCCUGAGCUCGGCCCCCGGUCCAGUCGGCGCACAGAUAAACUCAAUGUUUGGACCCACACACCCUCAGUCUCUUCUUCAGGGCCACGGCGGUGGCAGCACAAGCAGCAGCUGCAGUAGCAACAACCGGUCACUUAAUGAACUGCAAGAAUCACUAUCUCUUCUGGGAGAUGAAGAGGACGAAUACCUGGAGGAUAGUUACUUAGAAGAGGAGGAAAUGAUGUCCGGAGAGGAUGUGAUAUCAGAGAGUAUGUCUCUUCGGAAUAUCGCCGGAAGACCCACCGGCAGUCAUCCGGCACUAAAAAGAAGGAGGGUCUUCAGAAUUCCCAGAGGGAGGGAAAGACAGAGAGUUAAAGAUGCAGCAGGUGUGUUGUUCCGCUAUAAGAAAAUCCUAGUGACGUACCAGAGGCUCAAGAACAUGUCCAAAGCCUUCCAGAUCCACGGUGUUGAUCGUAACACAGUGGCCUCUACCACACCCAUAGCCGAGCUGCUGCUUGUGGCACCGGAGAAGGUGGCUGAGGUUGGCGAGUUCGACCCAUCUAAAGAAAAACUUUUGGACUACGCCCGACGGUGUUACAUCGCCCUGGACCCACAGACUCUCAGCAAAGUGCAAGCUCUAAAGAAGAACAACCUUCUCUUGCCCAUCUCCUACAGGAUGAAAGGAACUGCCAAUCGAUAAUCGAGUGGUUUUAUUCCUGCUGUAUCAUGAAACCCCUUCACUGUAUUUUAUCGCACCGCAGAACACGCGUGUACCGCAUCAACCUCCACAUCCUGCUGUUCAGAUUGACUAUAAACAAGUCUACUUUUACCUCUGUAUUGCUGGACACACAGCUGCAGGUGCAAAUUUUCAGGUUUGGUGGAGAACUCACAAGAUUGGUACCCAUUUGUUUCAUUAUGAACUUUUAAUAAUGAUUUUAAUUAAAUGUCGACUUUCCAGAAGAUCUUCAGAAGUUUUGGAGUGAUUAGAUCCCUUCAUUGGGGACAGGCCUGUGUCCUGGUUCUCUGUAUCUUUUAUCACUUACCUGACAGACUGAAGGACUUUCCCCAGCUCGAUAUGAGCUAUUGAUGUAAGUUUUCAGGAGAACCAGUGGACGCAUAGAUGUGUGAACUCCAUCUGUCUUACACUGUGUGCAAAACAGCACCUGUACCUUCUCAUUAGAAUCCUAUUGGAUUUGUGCAUGCGUCUUUCAUGGACUGACUGUUAAGCAUGUAAAAUGUUUAUGUAGUAUAAGUCAGUCGUUAAACAGUUGGUAAUAGUACUAGUCUGCUGUAGUCUAGUACAAUGUAUAGUGCAGACGCUAAUCGGUAUUCAUGAUUGUGUCGGUCUUUGUUUUCAUCAGGACAGGGUUCGAGUGUUCACGUCUUAUGUGGUGUUCUUAUUUGAUAUGACUUUCACUGUAUGUUGUCUGGAUGCAUGUGGAUGUAUGCUUGUGUUGGGGUGUGCCUGAGGAUCUUCACUGCUACUUUAAGCAGCUAAAAAUAAACUAUUUAUGUCACAAUUUUGCUCAUCGACAUAAAUGCAUUGCAUUAGCUCUUAAUUUCACUGUCAUUUUAGUUAGUUCAGUUGAUUUCAAUUUUGUCUCAGGAACAAUUGAGGAGCUCUAAUGCAAAACCCUCUAAGUGCGUCUGACAUGUUUUCUUGUAAAUGAGUCUUUUUUUUACUCUGGAUUCUUCCAACAAAGCAGUAUUUCUGAAUGGCCUGAGGCUGGAAUUAUAAGCGGAUUUGGAGCAAAAGUAUUUGAUGAGUGCAGAUAGCAUUCAGUUAAUUUUAUUAUCUUAUUUUUUUGACAGAGGUGACAUUUAGCGGCUUUUGCAUCUGAGCUCCUUAAUUAUUUAUGGAUGUUUUCAAGUAUAGUUGCGCUAUUCAAAAAAUCUAAAGGUUGUUUUCCACUGUCACACAUUAUUAUCCAUCCUGAAAUUAAAUUUCAGUGAGUAGCCCAGAAUCUCUUGCUAAGAGAAACGUUUAUGAAAUGUACGAACUGUUUCUUUGUAUCGUCAUUGACACUAAAGUGUUUGAUUUCA